AUGCAUGUAGUGAGAGCGGAGGGUAAACUUGCCUUCACUGUCCAGGUUCUGAAGGAGGUUUCUGCACUGUUUGGGGAAGAUGACGGCUCUUCAUCAUGGCAGGAGGUGACAAUGGAGCACUUUCUCAAUGUUGUCAACAAACAGGCUGAUGAACUGCAGCUCUGUGUUGGAAACCCAAGAAGGCCAAACAGGAGGCUGCACGUAUACUUUAAGAGACUCUCAAACAGCGUGUUUGGACAGAUGGRACACAGCGCUGAAGCCUGGGAGCUGAUCCGGAGGGAAAUCAAACUCCAUCUAAUCAGAGCGGACCACCUGGUUUCUUCUCUGUUCGUCUCCAACUGAAACGCCAGCUUUUCCGACAGCGACCUGUUUAUUUAUUUGCUUAUUUAUGUGUCUAUUUAUUGCUUAUUUUUGUAUUGAAGAAC